CUUUUUUUUUCUUUUUUGAAUUUACAGGUACGCUGGCUAGUGACACCUUCUUCCAGGCGUAUCUUUUGGAUGGACUUGCAAGGUGGAAUGAGGACCGGGCUGUGGCAGCAACAACUGAUGAGCAGCAGCCACAUUCCUACCAUCAUCUUCUGCAUCAUGCUGUCAAUACUCUUGCAGAGAAGGUUAUGGGCAUGAAAAUCACCCCUUAUGUUGGGCAAAGAAAGUACACUGGUGAGCUUAUUGGAGUGGAAUACCUUUACGAGCAAACUGGUAACGUUCUGCAGGACUACAAGUUGGCCAUUGAAGAGUUAGAGACCACUGAGGUUGUUAUAGAGGAGGAUGAAGAUUAUGCUGAACUUGAGGAGUUUCAGGACAUCACUGUCCCCACCGUUGACACAGAACGGACACCUGCUGCCUCUUCACAAGCAUUAGUGUCUGCAGCAUCAUCUCCAACCCCUCCAGCAACCAGCCCCAUGUCAUCACUGUCUGUGGUCCCUCCAUCACCAGUGACACCUCCUGUUUCCAGCUCCACGUCAUCACAGUUUGUAGUCUCUCCAUCACCAGUGAAAUCUCCUGUUUCCAGCUCCACGUCAUCACUGUCUGUGGUCCGUCCAUCACCAGUGAAAUCUCCUGUUUCCAGCUCCACGUCAUCACUGUCUGUGGUCCCUCCAUCACCAGUGAAAUCUCCUGUCAAUCUCCAAUCAAAGCCAUCACUCUCUCUUGUGGCACAUAGCUUCCCAGUGGAUCAGUUAUCUGCAGAAACUGAUCUUCCAACAUCUGAAGAGAAUAUUUCACAUGAUGAUUCUGUUGGUCCUGAUAAUAUUGAGGGGUAUGGAGCCGUGCAGGACUUGGCAGAGUUUUUGGUUAGCCUCAGAGACCACUGUCUGGCCUUGACUGGAGAAGAGUGUGUCAAGAUCAUCACCCUAUGGCAGGCACUGGGGGAGUAUGACAAGAAAAAGACCAUUUACUCAUCACGUCAUCAAACCACCCUAAAACAGGGACGAUUCAGGGCCACUAAGAAGAUUGUGGCACCAGGUGUGGAGAGCACUAAAAGGUGUUUCGUUGGGGCUCAUAGUCCUGCACAGUGGCCUGACUGCAACCGAGUGGUGGAGGCCAUCUUCACAAGGCUCUGUGCUCUCUACCCAAAUGCGGUGCGCUGUGAUGGAGUGAGGGUGUCCCGCUUCACAAUGGUAACACGUGUUUACAAGCACAUUCGAGAGUGCAUCCUCACCAAUGCUAAGGUGAUGAGCGAGACCACCAUCCAGCUCCCUGAAGUGAACGCUGCAACAGUCACACAGUGGUUCAGCAGGCGUUGCAAGUCUCAGGAACAGGAGAUUUUAAAGCAGGGUAUCCAAGCUCCAGACGCACCCAUGGCAGGACCUGAGGAGCUUCCUGCGGCUAUACAGAAAGGACCCACUCUCUAUUCAGGCAAUCUGGCUGAGCCUCACCUUUUUAUCCUGCCACCAAACACUGCUGGGGAGGCAAAACUCAAGGGGAGGUCGCAACCUCAGGCCAUCUCCAAGGCUCCACCAUCACAUCAAGGACUUCCUGUCAUAGCACGUCCUAUUGCACCAGCACUACCGUUCUCUCUCCCUUUCAUUUUACCAUCUGUGCAGCUUCCUACAGUGAUAGACGCAAGUGCGCCAUCCUCUACAGUGCCUGGUACCUCACAGGUGAUGUUCUUCAACCUCCCAUUACCUUCAGCUAUGCCACCAUCAGCUCAGACACAGACAUCCAGUCAAGCUGUUCCUUACUCCACUCAGCAAUACAGAAAGAGAAAACAGGAGAGGGAGCUCACUGGAACUGUCACAAGAAAAUAUGUGAGGAAGACAGAUGUCAUUCUUUGUAAAAAGUGUAAAAAAGAAAGACGGCCACCAUCACAUCUUCAGUACUUUGGUAACUGGUACUGCAAAGAGUCUGAGACUCAAUCAUACGGUGAAUGGAGGGCUGUGCUGGAGGAACGAGGUUAUAGGAAAAAAAAGCCAGGAAAUGACAACCCUCCAGCUUCAUAA